AUGUGGAAGCCAAACAUUGUAGUAUCCUCCAUUAUCAUCUUGUUUUCCCUCUCUUUCAUUUGCAUCUCCAAUGGUGAAACAACCCCGUCGUGUCCACCAUUGGAAGAUCUCAAUAACAACUCUGUCAUAGGCAUCUUGAGCCAUCCUCGCAAAUAUAAUGGCUCAUACAUCCCCGCCUCGUACGUCAAGUUUGCCGAGGCUGGUGGUGCUAGGGUUAUUCCACUCAUCUAUGCUGAGCCUUGGAGUGUUUUAUCUUCCAAACUUGAGUUGGUAAAUGGAGUGAUCUUGACUGGAGGAGUUCGGAAAUAUAGCUCUUAUCUUUCUGUUAUCACAAAAAUUCUUCAGGUGCACAUUUUACAUGCAUAUAUUUUCACAUGUCAAAGUAAAGUAAAGGAGAAAAAUGAUGGUGGAGAACACUUUCCUCUCUAUGCUAUCAACCUAGGGUUUGAACUGUUAAUAGAACUCGUUAGUAAGAACAACGAUGUAUUGGAAAGUGUUGAUGCACAAAAGUUGACAACCAAACUUCAAUUUGAGGAUGUGCCCGUAAGAGGAAUUGUUUUGGGAAGUUUUCCUUUAUAUCUAAGGAAUAAGCUGAAGUCGGAUUGCCUUGUCUCACUCAAUAACAAAUAUGGUAUAACAAGGGAAAGAUUCCUUAGUGAUAAAGAACUAUCUGGUUUCUUCAAAGCCAUUACCACUUCCAAAGACAAGAAUAACAAGGAUUUUGUCACCACAAUACAAGCUUAUGACUACCCUAUUGUAGGCUUCCAGUGGAAUCCUCAGAAAAAUGCAUUUGAAUGGGGAUCACCGGAAAUUCCUCACUCUUUGUAUGCAAUUCAAGUAACACAAUAUGCCGCAAACUACCUUGUUAGUGAGGCUAGGAAGUCUCGCAAUGAGCCACCUACUGAACAAAUCCUUGACAAUCUCAUCUACAAAUACAACACUUACUACUCUGGAGCUAACGGGAAAGGAUUUGAUGAGACUUACUAUUUUGAUGCGUACGAAUCAACAACUUCAAUUAAAGCUUUGGCCGAGGAGUAA